CGCGCUGGUGUCGCCGCCCGUUGCCAUGGUGCCCAGCAAAUGCCGGCCCUCGGUGGGCAGCCGGGCGGGGCCCGCGGUCUCGGGUAGCAAUUUUGGUCUUCAUCUGGUUCUCCAGUCGACGUCGGUGGCAGACAGAGCUAAGCCUUUCGAGUUCCGGAUUCAAAAAGAGCAGCCAUAUCUUCACAGCAAGUUCUUGCAGCACGAUCUUGAAAAAAAUCAUUCUGGAAAACUAGAUGGAAAAUUAAGUCCUUUAUCACGUGCUAGAAAGGUCUACGUUCCUGUGACAACCAACUUGGGAGAUAUUCCUGGCCUGGAUUUGAAACAUGGCUCGGGCUCUGUGUCCGCUUUUGGCGAGGCGACAUAUCCUACCCAUUCAAAAUAUAGAAUUCAGCAUGGCGGUCACAGCGCUGGCUCCACCGUUUCAGAUAAUAUAAAUUAUGGGAACACUGCCUUUCCCUUGGUGCACCGUACUGUAGAAGAGAAAAUACGGCACUCUGAUAGGCUGACCCUUGAAAGGCAGAAAUUGACAGUUUGUCCAAUUAUUGAAGGAGAAGAACAUCUUCGUUUGCUGAACUUCCAGCAUAACUAUAUAACUCGGAUCCAGAAUAUUUCAAAUUUGCACCAUCUUGUAUUCUUAGAUUUGUAUGAUAAUCAGAUAAAAGAAAUAAGUGGCCUUUCUACGCUGAAGUCCCUCCGUGUCCUCCUUUUAGGAAACAACAGAAUACAGAAGAUAUCCAACCUGGAGACCCUUGUAAACCUUGAUGUUUUGGAUCUACACGGCAAUCAGAUCGAUCGCAUAGAAAAUCUCAAUCAUUUAAGUGACCUCAGAGUGUUAAACCUUGCCCGAAAUUGCUUAACGUACGUGGAUAACAUUAAUGGCUUGGAAUCGCUGGCAGAACUUAAUCUUCGAUAUAACCAGAUCACAUCUGUUAAAGAUGUGAAUACUUUGCCCUGCCUCCAACGUUUGUUUCUCAGCUUUAACAAUAUAUCUUGCUUUGACGACAUCCUGUGCCUUGCCGAUUCCUCAUCCCUUUCAGACGUCACCCUAGAUGGCAACCCGAUAGCGCAGGAGACAUGGUACAAGCCCACCGUUCUCCACCAUAUGAUGCAGUUGAAGCAGCUCGACAUGAAGAAGAUCACGGAAGAAGAAAGGCGUAUGGCAUCGGUUGCGUUAAGAAAGGAAGAGGAGAAGAAGCGUGAAAGCCACAAGCAGGCCUUACUGAAGGAGAAGAAACGAUUAACAAUUAACAAUAUUGCACGCCAGUGGGAGAGCCAACAGAGCCGCCUCGCCCUUCUGUCCUCCAGUCAAGAGAAUAACACGAACGAUGAGUCCUGCCAAAGCAACAGGAGCUCUGCGUACGGCUUGGCUGAAGAGACCAGAUCUCUUGACUCGCUGUUGACCAAAACCGUACAAGGGUUGUCCGUCCUUGACUCUCACUUGGUUGAAGUGGAAGGAGACGCUCUAUCUUUGUAUGGCUCCGGGGCUCUGGAAUCCCUGGAUCGGAACUGGAGUGUUCAAACGGCUGGAAACAUUGCCACCAUCACCUUCGUUUUUAUAGACUUCGAUGAAAUCGUUCCAGUAUUACCCAAGCUGAGGAUCAAAUUUCCCAAUUUUGUGCACUUGAAAUUUAAGGAGACAAACCUUGUCACCUUGCAGCAGUUCAAUGCCUUAGCGCAGGUUCGCCGCAUGGAGCAGCUGACGGUUGACGCCCAGGGAAACCAAGUGGUCAGCUUUACCUUGUGGAAGUACUACGUUCUCUUUCGGCUGAGCCAUUUCAACCUGCAAAAAAUAAACGGGGUAGAGGUUACACAGAAUGAUACAGUAAUGGCUGAAAAACUGUUUGGCAUCUUGGCGUACGUAGCAUCUUCACAUUUACCUUAUGGCCGCCUUCUUCCGCUGCUUGGAGAAGCCAGGAAGAAGCAAUUGUGUUAUCUUUUGGAGGCAAAAGGGAAGAAAUUGGGGACUGCUAGCGAAGAUGGCAGCGACCAGCGUAAGCUCGGAGGGGAGAUUGUGAGUCGCUCUGCAUUAAGCUACACCACACGAGACUCCCAGGCAGAGAAGCUGGAGGAAGCAGCGGAAAGGAAGAAAUUCUGCCAUGGCUACAUCCAAGACUUGGUGAAGGAAGCCGCUGACAUCAAUAUGAAAAACGAGUCCUUGCAGAAACUCUGGCCCCAAACGUUCAUUGAACUCGUGCGAGACGCAGUAAUUGAGAUACACAGCAAGGAUUCCUAUAUGAAGUUCUCCUUACAGAGGAUCACCGAUCAAAAAUCUUAAGAUCGGGACUUCUUCAGCCGAUUGCUAGUGUUCUGCAGUUAUCUUUCCGCACGGGAUGAAAAUGAUGUAAUGAAAUUGCCGUCACUGUCUGCCACCCCUCGCCUUUCAAUAAUGGAUUGCCAAGGAGUAACCUUAUUUUCGUAGCCCAAUAUUUCACCGCCUGAUUUCCAGAUGAAAGAUUUUCAUUCCUCCUUUCUACCAAUGUUGCAACAGAGCAUCCUUGGCUGAAGCAGCAAUAUGCAGAUAACUUGAUGUCUGUGUUGUGUUUGAAUCCGUUCCUCACUGCUUUCUGUGGUUGAUAACUGCUCCUGUUUUUGUGUUGGCGCGCUGGUGUUAAGGAAGCCAGCCCCGUUUCCUGUUGCUCACCUUCUGAAUUGUUUUCUGGGUUUGACCCUCUUGCUGCUGCUGUUGAGAACGAUUGUUAACCAGUCAAAAAUACUGGCGUUUAAUGACCGAAAAACAAAUAAAUUAUUCCGUUUAUAAAUCUCAAUUUGAGGUUUUAAAGAUCUUUUGCUUUCAUUCAAUAAAGACCUUUUAUUUAUUUAUUUAUUUAAUUAAUUUGACUUAUAUCCCGCCCUCCCCACGAAUGGGCUCAGGGCGGCUCACAUCAUAAUUAAAACACAAUAGAUUAAUAGCCAACUUUAAAAACAGAUUUAAAAACUUGUAUUAAAAUACUCUGGCUUUUUUGCUUUCAUUCGAUACAGCAAACGUAAGAGCAUCCGGAGAGGCUUGUGGGAUCUGAUGGUUGGCUUGUCUGGUACAGCAUCCUUUUCCAACCGUGGUCAACCUGAGCUUGCCAGGAGGUCCUUGAGAAAGACACAGAGGCGAUAUCCGUCCCCUAUAGUGUGUUCUCUAGCAAUUGGUAUUCAGAGGUAUACUGCCUCUGAACAGAGAGGCUUCAUUUAGUCAUUGUGACUAACGAUUGUUGAUAAACCCAUCCUCCAGGAAUUUGUGUUGUUCCUUUUAAGCUAGCGCCAUCACUGUGCUGUGUCGGAGUGAAUUCCUCCCUCUGCAAUCGAUAGCAGGAAGCCUUUGAUGGAGGGGCUAACGGAUCCUGCAAAGAUUAUUAAAGAAAUCCCUAAAUUGUGUAGCCAGACAUACCGCUCUGAUUCAAACCCAUCAUUUGUUCAGUUGCGCAUCAAAGAUGCUUUGAAGGUUCACUUGGAAUUGUAAUAUAUGAAUCCUGCGAACAUGCACCGUAAUGAUAAUGUUUGUUGGAUACAUUUAGAAAGUCAAGGUAGGCUAGAGUUCCAUUUGUUUUAACCAUGCCUCAUUGAAGCUGCCAAACCGUCCAGUUCUGAGAUUUAUGUCCCAAUUCUGAACAGCUCCAAAGGCUUUAGACAAGGAGACCUAAAAAUAGAGAUCCCUCUUUGAAGAACCUGUUACUGAGUACAAAUAAUUUGUAUGGAUUCUUCAUGUUUUAAAUCUUUCCAUCAAGGCAUACAGAGACUUCUUUGAGUGUUUAAUGUUUAUUCUUAUUGAAAUAAACUCUAAUCUUUUUA